GGUUUGCAAAACCCCAAUAAACACCAAAGAAGAAGAAGAAGUAAACAGGUUGAAAUGAACACGAAUCGUUCAAUAAGAAAAAGUGAGUCGGGACUAAGUUCCGACAUCUCGGGCCAACCGUAUUGCGUCUCAGUAUUGAAAGAAGGGUACUGCACAGCUGAAUCAGACGGGACGUUCAGAGCUGACGGCACUAUUUCUUUAAUUACUGGACCACACACUAUCCUGGUAGACACCGGAGGUCCAUGGGAUCGAGACUUUCUAGUCACAAAACUUAAGGAGAAGGGUUUGACACCAGACGAUGUUGCUACAGUAGUCGGAACCCACGGUCACUCUGAUCACGUGGGAAACUUGGGGUUGUUUCAAAACUCCAAAAUAAUCGUGGGAUGUGACAUAAGCGUGGGUGAUCGAUAUCUGCCCAACCAGCUGGCUGAGGGACAGCCAUACCCUAUUGAUGAUUUCGUGUCCGUCAUUCCCACGCCUGGCCACAUGGGUAGAGAUGUCAGUGUCCUGGUGAAGGGAACAUCGGAGGGGACGGUCCUUGUUGCUGGAGACAUGUUUGAACGCUGCCAUGAUGAAGAUUCAUGGAAAGAGCUGAGCGAGAAUCCUCAGAUACAGGAGACCCACCGACAGAAGGCGCUGCAGAUGGCUGAUGUGAUCAUUCCCGGACACGGGCCAUUAUUUAGAGUGCACCGGGAAUAAUAACGGCAUUGACGUAAUCCUGGACUUGAGACUCCGUUACUGGGCAAUUAUGAAACCUUAAUCACAAAGAACACAUUGAUUUAUAUCACCAGUCUGACGCAGGCAUUUUAAAAUUGGAACUCGUCGUUAACACUGUACAUCUACUGUAGGUGUGAAAUGAGAUAACUUCAUUUAUCAGUGUUGGCCGGGGCAUUAUACUGCUUUCUUAGUUUUUUUUUUUUUACCCGUAGUGAGCGCUCGAGGCAGUGACUUGCUUGAGUUAUUUUUAGGCUUAUCUUGAUUUUAGAUCGUGCUACAAAAGAAGGCUACGGAAGAUAUGAUUGUCGUCAUAUGUUGUAAUUCAGCAGUAAAUGAGGUCAAAGAAGGGACUUUGACAAAAAUAAUCUGUGAAUGGAAAUUUUAUGUGUGGCAUCUUAAAGCUUUAUAAAAGGUUAAUACAAAAGACACCUGUAAAAAAAAUGUCUGCUGUUGAAAAAUUUUGUACGUGCAUAUUGUGCCUUUAAAUAAAGUUAUCAAAAGUAGCAACAAGCAAUCUAA